GGGCCGGGGGUGCCAUUAUGGUAAGCGCGGAGCCCAUUCAGGAAAUACAGUCCAGCCUCUUAUAGCACCAGUGGAUCACUCACGGUCUCACGCCAUGGAAUCUUCUUCAACCUUUUGAUUUUACAUACUUGAAAUUGACCAGCACAACCUUGAAAUUCCGACCAGAUUCAUCACUUUUUAUAUACCUCGGAUCAACUCCUGUCCGCCGUCACUCGAUUUUCAUACCGAGAAGAUGGGUUCACUCUCAGAUCAGACCCUUUACAACUCCUGCCUCAUCACUCUCUACCUCAUCGCCCCACCAACCUGGAUCGGCUGCCAGUUCAUCCAGGCUGCGUACGGCAAGCAUGCCCGUACCGGCUGGGGCCCCACCAUUCCCCCAGCCUUGGCCUGGUUCCUCAUGGAAAGCCCCACUCUUUGGCUUACCCUCUUGCUUUUACCCUUCGGUAAACAUUUCUCCAAUCCAAAAGCUCUCCUUUUGAUCUCCCCUUUUCUCUUCCACUACUUCCACCGCACCAUCAUCUACCCACUCCGCCUCGCUCGUAGCACCACCAAAGGUACUGCUUUUCCCGUGAGUGUGGCUUCGAUGGCUUUUGGGUUCAAUCUCCUGAAUGCGUAUGUGCAAGCCAGGUGGGUGUCUCACUACAAGGACGAUUACGACACUGACAAAUGGUUCUGGUGGAAAUUUGGUGGUGGAUUGGUGAUUUUCGGGUUGGGUAUGUGGGCGAAUUGGUGGGCCGACAGGGUUUUGGUGGGUUUGAAGAAGCAGGGAGGUGGGUACAAGGUGCCGAGAGGAGGGCUGUUUGAGUUGGUGAGCUGCGCCAACUAUUUCGGAGAAAUCGUGGAGUGGUUGGGCUGGGCUGUGAUGACUUGGUCCUGGGCGGGGCUCGGGUUCUUCGUCUACACUUGUGCCAACCUGAUGCCAAGAGCACGUGGGAGCCAUCAGUGGUAUUUGGAAAAGUUCAAGGAUGAUUAUCCAAAGAGUAGAAAAGCUGUAGUUCCAUUUCUGUAUUGAUUUGAAGCUUGUUUUCCCAUGUCUAUGCAUUGCUGAAAAUGUGCUAAAAAGCAAUUAUCAUUGUACCUUUUAUAUAAUAAAUGGAAAAAGAUCUA